GGGAAACAAUAGUGAAAAUGUUGAAAUGCAUUUACUUUUAUUCUCUUAUUUUAGACAUUAAAAAUACCCAACAUGGUUCAAAAGUUUCAUGUACUGAGAUGUUUUCCCUGUCAAACAUUUCAAGUACAGCAGGUGAAGAAGAGUAAGAAAUGGAGCUGUGGCGAGAAGCAGUCACUGAUGAAGAUAAAAACAUAUAAAUACACUGACCAAACAGCUGAGGGUCCAGAUGGACAUGAAGAAGAGGAAGAAGAUGAGAAAGUUUCUACAGAAAGACACUGAUUCAGAAACCAAUGAACCAGUCUCUUGGUGGCCGUGAUGGACGAUGAGUCAUGGACUGGUUGUUCUGGGUUUAAGAGACAGAUGGUUGUCCCUGAUCAGCAGGACGAGGAAGAGUAUGACUAUGAAGCUCAUGAUUCCUCUAAUCACAGUGAUAACACAGCAGUGGCUUGUUUCACAGAAGCACUUACAGACACAGGAAACGCUCUCUGUAAACAGCCUACACUAUUUAAGAUGCCCUGUUCAAGCCUUUCCAUUAACUCCCCGUUCUUUACUGAUGAAGACUUUGACGACACAUUUUGAGAAUAAGU